AUGGCUUUACAAAUCUCCGAGAAAACUCGCGCCGGUCUUUCUCGCGUCGCGGUUGCAUUUUCGUCCGGCGCGAUCGGCGGGCUGUGCAUCGGGCUAGCCGUGCCGCUGCUUGCGGCGGCGGGACUCAUGGACAUUCUAGGCAUCGCGAUUCACCCGCAGUUAACGCCGCCAUUCGUGUAUCAGAAAGUCGUGUGGGGUGGCAUCUGGGGUUUCAUCCUGCUCAUUCCCUUCAAUACAAGCACGCUCGCCAAAGGAGCUCUCCUUGGGGCGUUGGGUCCAGGCCUGGUGCAACUAUUCCUUGUGUUCCCACUCAAAGAAACGCCAGGGUCCAUCGCUGGUCUGUCUCUCGGCCCGCUCACGCCUCUCCUCGUUCUCAUCCUCAAUGCAUUCGUCUGGGGGGUGCCCUCUGCCCUCGCCUACGCCCUGCUUCGACCCCCCUCCCCACAGUCCUUUGUCGGCAUCAGGGCUUUAGGAGAGAGUGACCGAGACCUUGAGUUACAGGGGGAGAAAUUUUCAUGA